AUGUCAUCGAGACGACGAAUCAGAAGACGAUUACCUAGGGCACAAUUUUUACCGCAGCAUACCCAAUUUGGAACGCAUAUAUUGUGUUUGCGCAAUAAACCAGUGAUCCCAGUGUUAUUGGGAAACACAUUGCCUCGUCCUGAUCGAACCUGUGAGGAGUAUGAAGAGUACUGUCGUGCGAUGUUGCUAUUGUUUAAGCCAUGGCGAAUAUUACGGGAGUUAAAAGGCGAUGGAAUCACCUGGCAUGAAGUCUUUGAAAGAGAAAAAUUCUCACCGAAACUGUUGGCCAUUAUUAGAAACAUGAACAUAGAAAACGAAUGCAAAGAUGCUCGCGAUGCACAUGCUGCUUUGGUGCGGGAACAUCAAGCGAAACCACACAUUUAUGGUGAUAGAGACCACGAGACCCAAAUUGAUAUGGAUGCAUUUGACGAAGCGUUGUUGGGAGAUGCAUCCCUU